UUUCGAGCUGUCAAAAGGGUGAAAUAAACUCGUCGUCGCACUUCAAGAGGCGAAAAAAUUGCCUGCACUUCGCAAUCUAGACGCGUUUGUGAUUGAGGGAUUUUUUUUGUUGCGGGCAAUAACUUUCUGAUUUGGAAUCAGAUUUUAGUUUUGUGAGUGUAAUACGGUUUAACAAGUGCAAUGUUAAGGUGAAUUGAACAGACCAAGUUGAUUAACGCAAGGUCACCUCAUAGCUUUGAUAUGUGAUCAUCCGUGAAGUCUAGAAGCCGGGCGAUAACACCAUUCUUCUCACGAGUGGAAUUAUCUGGCCUAAUCCAAGGCAUGUAAACAACCAUCUUUGGUAACGGGCGCGCGCGCACUCUUCUCUCGCAUCAAAUGACCAGAUUAAUCUUCUCAACGACGUCCACGACGAAGACGAUGGAGGUGUCGCCAAGUGCAAGGGUCGCUGCAGUGAUACAUCAACUACAACAACAGCAUCUCUUGCCCAGUGGCCAGACGGCGCUUCAUCAGUUGCUUUAAAAUUAUCGAGUUGACAGAUACAAAUUGGGUCAUCAUCGAGAGACGAUCAAUUUUCAACAGUAUACAACAAACAAAAAGAACACAACACACACAAAUCAAGUAAUAUAGUGAUACGAAACAAUCAGACAGAUCUCCGCGAAACUGCGCGAAUCUCCGGAAUUGAGAAUGUUAAACAAGGCACAAAAACUGGUCCUCGGGAUUGUACUGCUAGUGCUCGUUGACAUCAUCUGGGUAUCGUCCAGUGAGCUAACCAAGUUUUUGUACGAAAAUGAAAACUACGACAAGCCAUUUUUCUGCACGUACUUUAAGGCUUCGAUGUUCACAGUUUACCUGGUGUUCCUGGGGCUCAUUGCGCCAUGGAAGGAGAGCUGCAAGCGGGAGGGAAACUAUGCGCUAAUGGACACCGCCGAAGAGGACGACAACUUUUACGGAAAUGGAAACUCAACUCUUAGUGACUCCUCCUUCAUCCCGAUCAAAACGACGGAAGUUGCGGUGUCCGGUACCGAAAGCGACGACUCCAGUAUACGAAGCGUCCGGUUCAGCAAGGUCGCCGAGGUUCGGGAAAUGUCCCCCCACGAGGCGACCGAGGCACUCAUGUCGCGCCUCUCGUACGCCGCAAGUUUGCGCGUGCGACGCCAAAAGUCACACCACAAAACGGCCCGAACGGCACUGAUGUUCUCGAUACUGUGGUUCAUCGCAAACUACAUGUUCCAGCUGGCCCUGGAACCGAGUGAAACGGCCAUGGUGACGCUGCUGAGCUCCACCUCGAGCUUCUUCACGCUGAUCUUGGCCGCGAUGUUUCCCUCGUCUUGCGGUGACAAACUAACGGUGUCGAAGAUCUUUGCCGUCCUGUUGAGCAUAUCCGGAGCGGUCAUGGUGUCCCUGUCGGAGAUCAGCGAGCCCAAGAUGAGCCGUGGCAUCGUGCUGGCCAUCAUGAGCGCCUUCUUCUACGCGUCCUAUCUGGUGCUAGUCAAGCGGAAAAGUGACACCGAGGAGAAGAUCAACAUUCCGCUGUUCUUCGGCUUCGUCGGCAUGUGGAACCUGCUGCUGCUGUGGCCGCUGCUGUUCGUACUUAACUUCUCCCAGCUGGAGGUGUUCGAGCUGCCCUCGCGGAGGCAGUUUCUGGUGCUCUUCAUCAACGGGUUGGUGGGAACCGUACUGUCGGAAGCGUUGUGGCUGUGGGCCUGCUUCCUGACAUCGUCCCUAAUCGGCACGGUAGCCAUCUCGCUGCAGAUCCCCCUCGCAAUGCUGUUCGACAUGGUUCUGCACGGCAAGACGUACCCGCUGAUGUUCUACCUGGGCUCGCUGCCGAUGUUCCUGUCUCUGGUGUUUGUGGCCUUCCUGGUAAAGUUCGACGACAGCGAUCCGCUGCUCAAGUUUGGCAAGCUGGUCUACCGGCGGCUGCGGCACUGCCGGAAACCGAACGUCGUCCGGAUACCGGACCUCGAGGAGCAGCACGAGUCGCUCAUCGAUGGUAGCCACGAGCACUAGGUGCAGGAGCACUUAAAAGUGGUAUUAUGAUUUUUAAAACUGACGCGAGAUUGCUUAUUUUGGGCAGAAUGGCAAUAGGAAUUGAGAAUAUUUUUUAGAUUUGUUAGUUUUUUUGUCCUGCAGAGUAUUUUAGCGUUCUCGAAAAAUAGACUUGUAGCAUCAUUGUAAUUUGCAGACGUUUCAGCAUAGAAUAACUUCAAUUUUCUCAACAGACAUUUUGAAAACGGAUGCGACAACCAGUUCUAACUUUAAUGAAACCAAGUGCUGGCGAGAGUAACCUUGUGUAAUAAAUGUGUACAAGUUUUAGAUAGAUUUUGUUGUUAGCACAAAAGAGGCAUUUCAAAAAUGUUUUUACUUUUUGAUACUAUUAUGUGGCUAGAGUUAGGUGUCUAUACAAUACAAAAAUAAAUGUGUGAUGAAAGCAGAGUAAACCACUUUAUUGGGCACAAAUCAUACGAUUGAGACGCACUUGCAUGUAAUGUAAGCAGUCUCCUGUAGCAAUGUUUCGUUCCGCCCUUCUCCCAUGUGUAGAAUCGUUUCGUUUAUUGUGAAAUCAAAAAAUUGGUAGCCCUUGGGCGCAAUAUGCCCGCAUUUAUCUUAUCGAACUCACUCAUUAAGGCAAGCACAUGUCCUUUCGGUGUACUCCAAAUCUACAAAUACAUACAAACAAAACAAAAACACUCUAAAAUUUACACUCCACACACACAAAACCUACGCAACCGUCAGUAUAUUAAAUAUAAUGUAGUAAUUCUACCAUGUUCGACCUGUAGCACUUAUAGAACAAAACACUACACACAUUACACAAACAACCACACAUUCCUAUUUAGGUUAGGUUCUGAGAGAUAAAAAAAUCUAAUUUGUGAUAACUUAGCUAAGGUAUACAUUUAACAGAAGGAAGAAAACAAACAACAACAAACAACCACUCUAUAGCAUUUAGAGAGUUUAAUAUAACCUGUUUUACCCGUGUAGCGACAGUGUAAAGAAGAAGAAAAUAAAAAAGAUAAUGAAAAAACAAAAAAAAAACUGGUAAGAUAACAACAAAACUAGAAAUCACCCGAAGUGUGUCUCUCACUGCAAAGACUAAUUAUUUUCGAACAAUAAAGAGAAAACAAAGUA